CGCUGAGUGCCGCCGCGAUGCAACUGAGAAUUGUGUUUUGUUUAGAAAAAUUGAAAGUAGACAUUGGCCCUCGGGGGGUAUUUGACUUAUAACUUUGUAUAAUUGAUUACUUUUAUUGUUUAUUAUUUGUGUGUUCAGUUACCUAUAUUCUCAAGUUACGUCUGUCACUCAAGUAGAAGCUCAAGUGUUCUGUUCUGUUUUUGUAUAAAAAUCAUUUUAGCUUGAUAACACAACGAACGCGGUCUUCGACCUGAUAAUUGAAAAACAAAUUCCUCACUUAUUAUAAAUAGUGUUCAUUCGUGGGUGCAUUUUUUUCUUUCCUUUGUACGAGAACUCUAAAUACGUAUAAGAUAACGAUAUUGAAGUGCACUGCACGGUUUGCCGAUAUUUUAUAGUACACAGAUAAGGUAUCGUAGUGCUGCUGCCAUGCUACUGCUAUAAAAAGAGAAAGAAUUCUAAAUAAUACACGUGACUUUGUGUAUGUUUGAUAUUCGAUGUAGUCUACCGACUUCAGAAUCAUAUUAUAAUAAUAAAACCGCAUACGGCGUGUUUGCUCUUAAAGUGGUAAGGAGGCUAGCCGAGAUAUGGAAGCUUUGCGGCUUGCUAUCCAAACGAGGCUAGGGGAGCGAAUGGUCAGCAUGAGCUCUAUGCUCGUAGAAACUGUCAGCAUAAAUUAUGAGGAUUUUAACGAAAGUUUUUUGACUUGUGGUACAUGCCUUUGUGUCUACGAUGGCAGCGAACACACACCAAAAUUGCUACCAUGCUCUCACACGGUCUGUCUUCAUUGUCUGACAAGAAUUGCAGCUUCGCAAACUCGCGAAGCUGGAGCAUUCCGUUGUCCUAUUUGUCGAGAAUUGAUUACCAUUCCUCGUGGCGGUGUGCCUGCAUUGCCUCCAAGUUUUCUGGUCAAUCAGCUACUCGAUCUCAUGUCCAGACAACGGCGUGAGGUAAUUCCAAAAUGUUCCGUUCACAUAAACCAAGAGCUCCUAUUCUGCGAAACAUGUGAUACUGUAUUUUGCACAGUAUGUACUGGUGGGAGCCAUGCUGGUACUUCACCAGGAUGUACAGAACACACUAUUAUUCCUUUUAGUAUUGCCAUUAAACGUAUGUCGGAAAUACUACUCUACAAAGCCAAUGAGUGUAUAUCCAAACUAACGCAAGCUCAAGAUUCAGUCAGUGCAGAGCUACGACGCUUAGAGACUGCUACAGAAAGAUGCUUGAGCUCAGUGGAUGCACAGUUUGCUGAAGUAAUUGCACGAAUAGAAAGAAGAAAAGCAGAGCUUCAAGCAGCUGUUACUGCAGCAGCCAGAGACAAAAAACACGUUCUUGAGGAGCAGCAUGCUCUUAUCGAAGCAGAAAAAAAUAAAGUUGAGCAAGAGUGUGAAGGUCUUCAGUACCAGGUCGAAGUCAGAAACAUCACUCAGCGAAUCGGAAGCUUGUCUGAUCAAUUAGAUGCUGCUGUUGCUCUUAGCGAGCCAAGAGAGAAUGCAUUUAUCGCUGCAGAGUUUUCGCAUAAUAAUGCCAGUGCAGAAAUUGAAGUUAUUCUAAGUACUUUUGGACGAGUACGUUCCAGUACAACAUUGCCAGGUCUGUGCCGAGCGAAGCUAAAAGAACCCGCAGUUGCAAAAUUACAAGCGUCAGUUAUACUAGAAACGGUUGAUUAUCACGGGCAUCCCCGAAAUGCUGGUGGUGAUCCAAUCGGCAUAGUAUUGACUUUAGCAGAAACACUUCAAUCUACAAAUGUAGUUAGUAUAGAAACAGAGGUAAAAGACUUGGAGGAUGGGACAUAUGAAAUAUUGUUCAGACCACCCUCUGCCAGUCGAUUUAUUUUAAAAUUGUCAGUAUUUGAACGACCGAUAAAAGACUAUCCCCUCUAUUUCGACGUCACGGAACACAAUGAACCUGUCAAAAUAUAUGGGGGUAGAGGUCAUGGCAAAGACGAUUUUCAUCAACCUGUUGCUGUGGCGGUUGGUGACGAUGGAACCAUAUACGUCGUAGAUACUGGGAAUUCUCGUAUCAAGGUUCUGAGUGCUGAUCUGGAAUUUCAAAGACAUAUAACAAACGAAGGAUUGGAAGGACGUAGUUGUACUGGAAUCGCGGUUUCCGAGCAGGGUCUUGUAGUGAUAAACUGGAGAACGCGUACAGUUACAGAAAUGAGUUUUGUUGGCGAUACGAUACGAUCAUUCUCGUACAAUGGUUUCCAGGAACCCAUAGACGUUGCAGUAGACAGAAGUUACGGUCAUGUACUGGUAGCUGAUAAUGGGCAGAGUUGCGUCUUUGUAUUUGAUUGCGAUGGUAAAAUGUUAUUUCAAGUGGGAAAACGAAACAUGUUCAAGUUGAUAAGUUCAGUGACUGUUGGACCUGCUGGUGAAAUUCUUGUUGCCGAUUCACGUAUUCAAGUGUUUUCCGCCAAAGGAGAUUUCUCAGAAGAGAUAUACGCGGAAGGUAAAGGUAAAGGCAGAUAUGGGAGUAUAGCGGUAGACAUGGAUGGUAAGAUUCUUGGAUCUCGGUGCGAUAAGGGCCGUAGUGUUAUCCACGUCUUGAAACUGGGAGGAGGUACACUCCUGACUGAAAUAGAUUCUCAUAGCUCAAAACUACGUCGUCCCUCAGGCAUCGCAGUACUGCCUAAUCAUCAUUUAGUGGUUGUUGAUCUUGGCAAUGAUUGUGUGAAGAAAUACAGAUAUUGGUAGGUACGUCAGACGACGAUCUUUCAUUACCAGUGACGAUUUUUCAAAUUAGCUGUACAGUAGGUGCCAGGUUACGCACAAAUGCUAGAAACAAAGAACCCGACUUUUCAAUAACCGUUGAACAUUCAAGUAUCUUACCAAAAUUUAAUAAUCGGAAAGACUAGUACCAAAAUCUCAGAGAUCUCGAUAAUGAACGUUGAAGUGUGCCUAUCUACACACAAUACUUAAAAAAUUUGCUGAUAUAAGCGACUGAAAUUAACAAUUUAAUAGUCAAUAUGGUUUUUUUAUUGAAAUUUGUGCCUGGAAAAUCGUUAGAUUAUCCCAAUUAGUUAUAUUUGAUCUGCAGUCACAAUUUGCACUGAGCAACAACUUAUUUUUAAUCGUCACCAAACUAUACCGGCACGUCACACAACGUGCAAUACUUUUUCCUCCGUUUUUUUUCUGUUAAUGUAUACUUUCUCAUCAACGUCUAUUAUCUAAAUACUAUAACUGUAACUGUUCGCUGAAAAUAUUGCUUACUAGUGAUUAGCUCUCUACUCGGAAAUAGUAUACCUUUAGUCAUAAUGCAGUGCGUUCAAUUAUCAACAGAACUUUUAAAGGGGUAUAAGCACAAGAAUUCAUUCAGUUAUCUGAUAUUAGUGCCUUACAAAUAUUAAGUAACCUUAAGGCCCCUAUAUCUAUAUUUUAACAAAUACAGUCGCUGUUCUAUGUUAUUUUUGUGUUCAAAUAUUGACUUAUCCGCUGAUCAAAGAAACAAACGUGUCCAUGACCCAAUUAAGGUGGUACACUGCCUUGCGUAUACUAUUAUUCAUUGUUAAAGGCAGUUCCUAUUAUCUGAACAAUAUUGCCAACCAUUUCGUUCAUAAUUCCGGUAUCAAUAACUAACAGAGACCCUGUCACAGUAACUCAUUUCAUAUAAACCUCAAAUACGAAUAAAGAACUGAUCUAUUUAGAUCUGCUAACUUCAGCUCAACAGAAUACCAAGAACACUAUAAUAGAUGAGGUUUCGUCAGAUGGCAAUUGUAACUAUGAAAAAAACUGAGUAGUGAGAGAAAAAUUGAUAUCAAGGGUAAAGUAAACUCAUUGCCUCCAUAAAUCGCGGUGUUCUGAGUGCUCCGUGAAAGGAUAUAGAAAGCUCUACGAAAUGCUGAACAGGAAAACAAAUUGUGUCCUGUUCUUCAACAUUUUAUAAGACAGCAUUGUUUCGAAAUGAAAAUAUUAUCAUUUGUAUGAGAUAUAGGAAAUGUACAUAUAUUUUUUCAGUAUUAAGAUUAAUUAGAGAAGAUGGCUGUUCAUUGUAAAGGAAUAUAUUCGAUAAAACUUGAAACUUGAUUGCAAAGACAAUACGGUCCAUUCGAUUCGUGAAUGAUUGAUCAUAAUGUAAAUUUAUGUUAACUGGUAUUAUGAGACUAUUUGACAAACCAACGAGAACAAUAACACCCGAUUUAAUUACGUUCUCAUAUUCUAAAGUACAAAAAGUUGCAUUUGAAUAAAUAUUUUUUGAAUUCGGCGAUUCAAUCGAUAUUAAUUCCGUAUCUGCAUCCGUGUUUCAUCGCGCACGGAGAUCACUCCUUUUAUUCAGUAAUCAACACUGUAAGAUAACAUAAUCUUUGCAAAAAAACAUGCAAGACUUAAGCAUUUUAAAUAUCAGAGCGAUGUGGCAUUUAAAUAAGCUUAUAUCUGUGAGAAGUGGCAGAGACUCUAGAGUUGAAAAGACUGCUAUUCUAGAAUCAUUCUUCGUUGCGGAGUAUUACUUAAAAAUGCUUAGUUUAUAGCCCAUGCGAUAUUUUGUUUUUAACUUUUAUUUGUCAAAUUUUUGUAUUUCUUUAUACACAAAAUAUUUACACAGAUUUUGAAUCAGUUUUCAAUUUGGUAUCAACGUUAAUAUUGUUGCCAUUAAACCCUCCAUAGAGUGUUAAUCUGUUUAGCCAUAAUUAAAGAUAGUACGGAAAUUUAUUAUUACGAAAUUAAUUUUAAGAAUUUGUUUGAAUUAUAAUCGUGAGGGGUGUGAGUAAACGAUGGUGUGAGAGUGCAUGAAGUUCCCGCUCUGUAGGUUGUGCUGAAAGCCAUUCACUACUGUAAAAUAGGUAAUUUUGAUUUGCUACAUACAUCCGUUUGUUUCAAAUAAUGUUAUUAUCAAGCAUUGUUAAGUAACUACUCGAAUAAUUUUUGCCGCAGCGUUACACAUGCCCGACUAUAUUCAUCAUUGAUAUUCUUUGAUCUAGUCAUAUUUUAUUGAAGUUAUGCAAUUCAAUGUAAACCAAUGUUACUACUACUACCUACCACCACAAAUUAUGUGCUGUACAAAGCUUCUUUGUAAAUAAAAUAACGCUUCAUUUCACGAUUA